CAGCCUCCCUGGAAACAAACGUUUGAUAUUCUUUAACUUUUGAAGCAAUAUAUAUCGAUCUGGACUCAAUCAUCCCAAGACAACUCGAUCAAUAGAAUAUCAGUUUUAAAACGAAGGUCACAAUUGUAUUGUACAGUGAGAAAGGCUUCAUAGGGCAAGAAAAGAACGCCUAGAUGUUUAUAUGUAGACUGUAACAUAGAAACAAUGACUUAUCCCUUACUUGUGAUGGUAUUCAGUGGUAAGAGGAAAUCUGGCAAGGAUUAUGUUACGGAUUUGCUCUUUCAAAGAAUUGGCAAGGAGCACUGUUCACUUUUGAGACUGUCAGAACCAUUGAAAUCUCAAUAUGCCAAGGAGCACAACCUAGAUCUUGAUAAAUUGCUGGAUUCAUCGCAAUAUAAAGAACAAUAUCGAGCUGCCAUGAUUAGAUGGGGAGAAGAAAGACGAAAACAACAACCAGAUUAUUUUUGUAAGCUAACAACUCAGGGAGAAGGAUGCCACAAACCAGUGUGGAUUAUUACAGAUGCCAGAAGAAAGACUGAUGUGGAAUAUUUUCAAAAAGUUUAUCCCAAGUCCUUAGUUACACUGCGAGUUGAUGCUGACAUUAGUGUCAGGGAACAAAGAGGUUUUCUUUUCACUAAAGGAAUUGAUGAUGCAGAGUCUGAAUGUGGACUGGAUGUUGGUGUAGGAUGGGAUGUUAUUAUACUUAAUAAUGGAGAUAAUCUUGCUUUAGAUUCUACUUUAGAUGACAUUACACAUAUGGUACAUCAAAGAUUACAAGAAGCUAACUUUCAGAUUUCAUGA